AUGCACUACUGCCAUCCCUUCACCCUUAUCGACUCACCCUGUGAGUUCCACGGCGACUGCCCCUCCUCGCCCACCUCCGACUCCCUCUCCGCAAGCUCCUGCGGCGAUGACGAAGCCGAUCUCCUCUCAGACUGCCUUGGCCUGCUCCCCGUCACGUCGCCUCCCCUCAAGGCUGCCGCAUCCUCUGACCUCAAGCCCUGCCAUCUCUCUGCCGACACUCUCUCGCCCUCGGAGUACCGGAGGAGGCAGCUGAGGGCGCUAGCGCACUGCAUUGAGCUGCUGAGUCAGGAGGAUCGACCGGUGGUGGUAGGGGCGACAGGGGAGGAAAUCAGGCUGUGA